UUACUCCAUCAAGAAAUGAAAUGAAGCAGUAGCUGUAUCACACAAGUGACCAGCAAGAAGAGAGGAGCUAAAUGAGUCGUCACUGUUUCAUUUAAUAUUUCGUCCUCAGUGGUCCGUUACCAAGUGACUCUAGGAAAAAUCUGCUGGACCCUUGGUGUCUGAUUUCUGUUAAACUCUUAGAAAACAGCUUCAAAUAAAACCAAAAAGUCAAGGUAUUGAAAUCUUAUCAGCUUCAAACAAACCGGCUUUAGUUUAAAUCAGAAAAACUGCCUAAGCUUCACUCAUCCGCUACUCAAGUGUGAUUAUUAUUGACUCUAAAAGGUAGAUGUUAAGGACGCGAGUAUGUAGUUAUUGAACAUGAUGUGUAUUUACUUUAUAUUAAAAGGUAACGUGUGUAGUUAUUAAAUUAGCUCUGUCUGUCCCUCGCAGUCCUGGCUGACUUGGGGUCAGCCGUCUUCUUCAGUACUUACUACUAUUACUACUAGGAAGAACAAGGCCCGCCGCUGACCGACCUGGGACCAGCCCCGCGAUGCCUUUGCAGAGCCCGCCUACGGGGAGGUUAACUGACUAGCUUCCACCUCCGGUGUCGCGUCGGCGCCAUAUUUGUACCCGAUAAAACCCCCAAAUAGCAGUUUUUAAAACCCCUCCCGGCGACUGGGCACGCACCAGAACUGAGUUUACGGCAAAAGACGCAUCGUAGCGGAGUUUUACGACAGCAGAAGGUUUACCCACAACAUCCGGGCAAAUACUUGCCGCCUCUCGCCAACUUGCUGCAGUAAACAAGGCCGGAGGAGCUUCAGGCGCCUAAUGUCCGCGCUUUGUUCUGGCUGAACCGAAGUCUGUUCGGUACCGAGCUGUUGCCACUGCAGGGAGAUACCAGCGCACAAGCCCCACACGCGCUCGCGUUGGCGGCGUGGAGCCGAGCUAACUUGCUAACAUUAGCAGCGGAGAGCCCCGGCUGGCUCUUAAUAACACCCUGGACACGAUGUCAUUGGUCGACCUGGGGAAGCGUCUCCUGGAUGCAGCUCGUAAAGGUCAGGACGAUGAGGUCAGGAACCUGAUGGCCAAUGGAGCCCCCUUCACCACAGACUGGUUGGGGACAUCCCCCCUCCACCUGGCAGCUCAGCACGGCCAUUACUCCACCGCUGACGUCCUGCUAAGAGCCGGCGUCAGCAGAGAUGCUCGCACCAAAGUGGACAGAACUCCACUGCACAUGGCUGCCGCUGAGGGGCACACAGUCAUUGUGGAGCUGCUGGUCCGGAGUGGUGCAGACAUCAAUGCUAAAGAUAUGCUGAAGAUGACAGCUCUGCAUUGGGCAGCACAGCACGGACACCACAGCGUGGCUGAGACCCUCAUCAAGCAUGGAGCUGAUGUGCACGCGCUCAGUAAGUUCGAUAAGACGCCGUUUGACAUCGCCGCCGACACCCAGAACACUGAGCUGAUGCUGCUGUUGCAGGAGGGCAUGCAGAACCAGGUGAAUAUGAACCAGGUGAACAUGAACCAGGUGAGUAUGAACGUAGAGACCAGCACCACCACCACCAACAACCAGCCACAGUUCAUUAUCCAGGGAAUUCCUGCAAUACAGGGGGGGGUGGUCAACCUGGCAGAGCUGCUCAACAAGGCCAAUGCAGGAGAUUCAGAGGAAGCGAUGGCGGCCAGCGCUCUAGACUCUAACAUCCAGCAUGCUGCUGUUGUUAAUGAGGCAGGUCAGAGGGUCAUCACCAUAGUAACGGACCAGCAUGGUAACUUGCAGACCACAGGAGGGAUGGCACAGCCGUUCUUUGUCACCAUGCAACACGGACAACAGAUGCUGGCGGUGCCAGCCAACACAGUGACAGAGGAGGUGGUGACGGAGGAGCCUCAGCCUCAACCAUCCAGAAAGAGGAAGCUGGAGGUGACAAACAACCACGGUGACGCAGGAGAGACGGAGUUGUUGCAAAGGCAGCUGCAGGAGGCCAACAGAAAGGCGCAGGAGUACCGGCAGCAGCUGCUACGUAAGGAGCAAGAGGCCGAGGAGUACCGCAUCAAGCUGGAGGCCAUGGCUCAGAGUCAGGCUAACAGCGCUGCCGCUGCUACGACUUCCAACACCUCUACCAAUGCCGCAGCCAGCCCUGAGGAGGUGGUGGGAGGGGAGGACGAGGAGGAGGUUGCUGCAGGUGUGGUGGAGGAGGAGGGAGAGAUGGUUGUCCUGCAGGAGGGAGGCAUCAUCAUGGAGGGAGAGGAGGGUCAGGUGACACUGGUGGAGACGGGGGGCGAGGCAACUGAGGUUAGCUCCUAACAGGAAGGAGGAUAAUGGGGAAGAGUGACAUGAGAAGUUAAAGUGUGCACCAUUUUGAUUCUGCAGAUGAUUUGCUGCAAAAGUGGGAUGAAACAAAAUGAUUCCCCAAAAACCAACUAAGUGGAUUUCAGAUAUGCGUCCUUUAGAAAAAUGGCUGCCCUUAAAGCGGAAGGAGGAAAGACGUAAACAGACUAAACAAACAACAGUGGGUGUCAGUGAAGCCCGUUUAGAAUCGUUAAUAGAGGAGCAACACGAAGGGCAGCACUAAGAGAAGCUGGACUCAUGGAAAAUCUAGAAGGUUAGUCAUGCAACAUUUUGAAUACCUGAUUGUUUUAAUACCGACUCUUCAGUGAGGAAAGAAAAAUGGCUUUCCAAAAUUGCAAAGCCGACCUUGAAAGAGCAACUGGUGUGUUAAAACGAACUUUGCGGUGCAUUGCAGUAAUGUACCACUCUGAGACCCUGAAAGAUUGCUGACAGGAAUGAGGCAAAGAUAGAACAAUAUAAAGACAGACUGCACCAUUUGGAAUCCUUUUAAAAGUGGUAACAGCUGUACAGAGAGGGAAACUGAGAAAACUAAAAAAAUUAUGAAAAGAUUUCAAUUGGGACACUUUCAGUUCCAGAUUUGUCUUAAUUGAACACCUGCUUGCGUAGGAUACAAAAUGGCAGCAGCUAUCAGGAAUGAUACUGGAUGAAUGAAUUGAAGAGCUGCAGAAGGAAUAGGAACCAUUGUGCUUCCCUGUGCUGUGUAGACCAAAUACAAGUACCUACAAAUAGGAACAGCUGGUUUAUGUAGAAUAAGUAAUGCUGACACAGCAGAAACCUAGAGUUUUAGUUUCCCCUAACGAUCUUAUUUUGAAUGCAGAUGUUUUUCCAAUGGAAGCUGUUCAUAUCCCAUUUAUUCCUGUUAGUAGAUUUAACGUUUCGCAGCUGGCACCAUUGUGUUCUCCGACUUGGAGAUGUGAAAAGAAAAACUAUUCUUUACAAUUUCCUUUUGGACACUACAUCAACUCACUCUGAAGCUUCUGUUUUUGUUUUAUAUACUUUUUGUUUUCGAACGUUACAUCAUUUGUAACAAUGGCUCAUUGUGAUUUUUUUUGUUUCUCAAAUACCAAACAUUGCCAGUUGCCUCAGUGCUUAGGCCGUUGUCUUUAACAUACAGUUCUGCUUCUAUCAGUAACAAAUUUAGAAAAACUGGCCUUUGUUCUAAAACUGCUUUCAGAGAUUCACAGAAGAGCUGGACCUAAACUAGACCCAUCAUGUAAGCAUGUAUUUCUCUUAGUAAUUAUGAUAAUUGUUUUUUUUUAAACCAGGCUUUGUUUCCCAGGCAGCUUUACACCUGCGGAGUCAGACUGAGUCUUGUUUUAUGAACGUAGACUAUGUACAAACUCUGACUCUCUGAAGUGCUGUUGUAUCAGGUCAUUGUCCACUACACGUUUACCCAUAAGGCACCGUUGGCCAGAAUAAUGGGACUGAUCCUCUGCAUUGUCUUUAAAUAAUAUAUGCUGAGUUUGCGAAUCAGUCCAAACCCCAAUUUCGUCAUCAACCAGGAGUCAUGACACAACUUUCCAAUAAUGGCAGAGAAAAUUCUUAACCCUCACUUUUCAGGAAUUCAACUGUUUUGUCUCUUAUCAGCUGUAUUUUAAAUGGCAAUGUGUUCCGUUGUAACGUAAUGGUAACAUUUGUACAACAAACUACGUGUUUUCCACAUUCUAUAAUGUAUUCUUCAGCGUGAAGCGGCUGAAGUGAAACCUGCGCUGGUUCUCUCUCUCUGGCCAGGGUGGCCUUGUGAACGUCCUGUACCCUCUCCGCAGUCUGUUGUGCCCUUCUUUCCUUCUCAUGUCGGUGGUUCCACGUCAUUUGAUUUGAGUGCGAUAGUUAUUUUUAUAAGCUCAGCAAAGCCAACCUUUUUCUAUGUACAUAUAAAGUUGUAUUUUUUUAACAGUGCUUAAAUGCUUCUACAUGAUGAUGACUGGCUGACUGCAUUGGUAACCUGAAAUAUAAACACUUGUUUUUCUGAUUAAAGACCUCGGCUGUA